AUGAUUUUUGAUGGAAUAUCUCCUGUUUCCACAAUGAUGCCUACUCCCGUUUCCCACAUCCAGGCAGCUCGCAAAAAUGUGGCGCCCCCUCCAUCAAAUGGCUCCAAGAGGUCUGCUGUAUUUAUCCAAAGAAUUAACGGUUCAGAUUCCACCUCUCGCCCAAUAGCUUUCAUUCAUAGGAUAAACGAAGGCGUUGUAAUUAAACAAUUCCAACUCUCUCAGCAGCAGCAAAUGCAGCAAAUUCAUCCAGUCGUUGAUUCACAGGAUGAGUCAAAUGACGCCUCCGAUUUUGGUAUUAAUGGCGGUCUUACAACUGAUCAUUUGGAUAUAGGUGCAACCCAAGAAGUGCCUAGCUGUGGUUCCUCGGACUAUGACAAUUAUAAUGGUGGACAUUCCAGAUAUUUGAGUGUAGAAGGAAAUCCAUUAGGCACAACAACCAUCAUUCGACGUCUGGCCGCUCCAAAUAAUCGCCAUUCCUUCUUAUUUCAACCCCAGUCUCAUUCAAGUCUUUCUAACCUUGGCGUGCUUUCAAAUAACUCUUUCACUCAUGGUAGUAACGUCGCAGCUGCAGGUCAUGUCGCAUUUCUCCCAGAUGUCAUGGAGCCGGAGUAUCAUCAGCUCGGAAUACGAAUACAGCAUCUCAACAUACGUGUAAAAGAUGCAAUUAUUAAUUCUCCUGCUGCUCCAGAUCCUAUUGAGACGCAAAUCCCUCAUCAUGUUUCCGAUGCAAAUAAAGCAUAUGUGGAUUUACUCUUAGAGAACAUGGUCCGCGGAAUUGUUCUUUCUGCAACACAUGGAAGUAUAUAUGUUGAGCGAAUGUGUAAAUGCGCCGUAUUCGUUUACGUUCCAACUUCCGAUGGGGAUCACAUUUUCAUGCGCAAGCUUGGACGGCGUGAGCGUGAAAAAAUCUUUGAUUACGAUGAUUUCAUGCAGGAUCUUGAGUGUUAUCAGGCUGGACAGCGCCCACGUCCUCAUUUUGAGAUAAUCCUAGCCUUUGGACAACAGUUAAGAUCUGGUUUGUCAACAGAUAACCUCCUUGUUUGGUGCAGGGUAGCUAGUUGCAGAGCCUGGUUUCAUCUGCACAAAGUAAGUGGCUACAUACUCCUGUUAUUUUGA